CUCUAAUAUUCCCCUUCGAGUGAACCCUCGUGGCCUCGCAUCUUUCUUCCCCUCUCUCCCCUCUUCUUCUUCUCAAAGGUUCCUCGUUUCUUCAUCGAUUUGCGAAUCUUUUUCCUUGAAAUUUCUCUGUGAAUAGCAUUAUAUAGUUUGUUUUUUUUGUUUCUUUUUCCCGGAUAUCCGAGAAAUUUGCCGUCAUUCUCGCGCCCCAGCGGCUGUUGAAAUCCAUGUUCGUUUGCGAUCCAUGGAUCCCUCUGUGACUCAGCCCGCUCCAGAGGUCGAAGAAGAUGAGUGGGAUACUGAUGGGUUUGUGAUCCCAAGUUUGAAUGUUGGAGACUCUGAUAUUGGUAAACCAGAUGUGCCAGGAGUAACAGAUCGCCCACCUCCUCCAAAGGCCAUCAAGGAAGCUGAAAAUAUCUACCUGGGACCUCACGGGGCUCCGCCUUCUCAAGCCAAGCAGCAAGAGCUGAACGCAGCUGGCCGUAAGCAGCGUUUCAAGCAGAAGCUCAAGGAAGCAGAUCAUAAAUUCUCUGGGACGGGGCAUGAAAACAAGGUGGAAACCCUGAGACAACUUGUGGGCAGCAAGGUAAGCAGUGCACCCAUGCCAAAGAGCUCUGCACGAGAUUGGCUCGACCCACAUUGCCAUGAGUCUCAGUUUGAGAGGUACCGUCGUUAAGAGCAUACUCAAGCAAACUCUAAGAUACAUAUGUGGAACAUCUUCUUUAUGGUUUUAAAAGCCAUAGUAUCUACUAACAAGGGAUGCAUCCUUGUAAUGAACUGUGGAUAUUGUCUAUUAUUACCGAAUGUUUUAUUACCCGCAAUAAAUGGAUUGUGUUUCAUCAGCA